CGGGUGGAGGAGAUUUGUGCGGCACUUCUGGAAACAGAGCAGGAACUGCACUCAAUGCAACAGGAGCGGCUUGCAGCUUGUAUUGGCGCUGAGAAGCACGAGCGACAGGUACUUUUGACGUCUGAAGAUGAUACGUGGAAGGUUCUAUCAGCCUCUUUGUUGAAUUCGUAUUCUCUUAUUGAACAAAGCACUUUCGUGGAAGAGGAGAUACUCACAGCCACUGAUUCUGUUCUUUUUGAUGGUGACGCCCUUACCGACGUCAAUUCUCUACGUAAGCAACUUCUUUUACCUGCAGCCAACUCGGUGGUAGCGUUAUCACUCCUGGAACAGUACAAACAGUAUUGUUUUGAGGAGUUUGUGUCGUAUCUUACCGCUGUGCAUGGUGUGCGGCUAGUGUCUGCCGUGGACAACAACACUUCUGCACUGAGGGAUGAGUACGAGGUAACUCUCACUGCUCUUGAAGAACACCAUUACCAGGAGCUGCUUUCACUGCAGAAGGAGAACACGGAGCUGCGCACAAACGUGACGUAUCUCCGUCAGGACCUUGAACUCAUGACAAACCUUGACCAGCUUGAGAAGGAGGAGGGAAAGGAGAAGGAGAAGGAUAUGGGCGUGAGCAGACAGCACACGAGGCACCCACACACCGACAGCCGCCGCUCAAGUUGGAGCAGUGUGAAUGACGAGUCUUCCACCUCGCGGCAGACACGCACCGGCACGACGCUCGGCGGGUACAUCUCCUCCUUUUUCCAGCGCCAGUCCUCACAAAGCGACCGAGUGGAUGUGUCCACACCACCACCGCGAACUGCAUCACCACGCUCGAUGGCGGCGAGUCCCACACGGCCACCGCUGGCACCGGGCUCCCUGUCGAGGGCGAACCAGUUGAUACCACCAACCAAGAAGCGGAGUCAACGGAAGGAUGAUUCCAGCAGCGCGGAGAAUAUUCAGAUGUCAUCGUUCUACGAUUAG